AACGACAUGGAGAGCUGUCGUCUGAAAUGUCAAAGAAGCGAAUAUAAACAUUGACGCAUUUUUCGAUUCACCCCAAGGUUCUUACAUUUCAGUUAGGCACCAAUACGUGAAUUACAUCUCCACUAAAUGGAUAUACUAUCCACAACGUUGGAGUUGGCAUCAGCAAUAGGGGUAGAUGCUAUGAGGUCACAGACUACACUUCUGUCCAAUCUUCGGCCCUGCCUGAUUUGAAGCCGAAAAUCGGGGAGCUCUGUGGAAGCUGUGCUCACUCUUCUUAUACCGCCCUCACCGCCUGGCCGGGAUAACCAUGACGACGGGGGAGUGUUGCCAUCUCCCCGGCGCCCUCUGCGACUGUGCUGGCAACACUGCGCUGUCCAAGACCGUGGAGGAGUCUGACAUCCGGCGCGCGCAGUACAUCGCCCAAGUUACGGCCAAAGACGGCCGACUGCUCUCCUCCGUCAUCAAGGCUCUGGGAACGCAGAGCGAUGGGCCCAUGUGCCGGAUCUGCCACGAGGGCCCCAGCGGCGAGGGGCUGCUCUCCCCCUGCGACUGCACCGGCACCCUGGGCACUGUGCACCAGAGCUGCCUGGAGAAGUGGCUCUCCUCCUCCAACACCAGCUACUGCGAGCUCUGCCACACCGAGUUCACUGUGGAGCGCCGGCCUCGGCCCGUCACCGAGUGGCUGCGAGACCCGGGCCCGUAUAACGAGCGGCGCACGCUGUUCUGCGACAUGCUCUGCUUCCUGUUCAUCACGCCACUGGCGGCCAUCUCGGGCUGGCUGUGUCUGCGGGGCGCCCACGACCACCUGCUCUUCAACAGCCGCCUGGAGGCGUUGGGCCUCAUCGCCCUCACCAUCGCCCUCUUCACCAUCUUCGUCCUCUGGACCCUGGUGUCCUUCCGCUAUCACUGUCAGCUGUACUCCGAGUGGAGACGAACCAAUCAGAAGGUCCGCCUGCUCAUGUCCGGCGAGGGGCCGCACAGCUCCCAGCAUUCCCUGCUCUCCGCCAAGCUGAUGAAGAAGUCGGCGGAUGAGACCGUUGUAUGAAGGGCGGAGGAGGAGAGGAUGAGGGGGGGUGGGUCUCCUCCCCGGCUCUUUGUCGCGGCACGUCUCCAACCUGAACUUGGGAAGAGUUGUGGACGCGUUUCUGUUUGGAUUUUACCCGUUUUAUAAGUGUCUCGGCACUUAGCCUUUCACCUGUCUUGAUUUUGUUUCAUUUUCUGAGCCUGAAAUGUAGUCCGCGCAGAUUCGAGCCGGUGAGCUGAAGGCUCGUCCCCAGCCCCGAUGCCUCAUCCUUGCCUCUUUACUUUAUUCAAACAUUUGGACACGGUUGGGUGGAGAGAACGGCCUCCUGGGUACUGUAGUGAGAAAAGGUGGGCCUGGACACAGCUUUUAUGGAUGAAACGGCUUUGAACUGUUCUUAAACCUUGUAAUUCUUCACAGCAGAGUGUAGCUUUAUGCACCCCUUCAUGAACGCGUUGUAGCUUGGCUCUACCAUAGUCAGAGUUUACCCAGGACCCCACGUCGGGGCUUUGGUUCCUGUCCUUCUGUGGAAGUCGCAGAAAACGGGGCGCGCGUUGAUUAUAGGCUCCCGGUUGCUAGGUGACGUAGCGGCUGGGCAAAGCUUCCGCUCGAUUUUAACCGGGUACUCCUGGUGGGAGGCUGCCUACCUGCCCGCUCUGAUGCAGUGGCGACAAGCGCCCAUGUCCCAUCAUGCCUGUCGCGGUCUCCUCCCUUUGUGUCGGUAAACAAGCCCGCCCAGAGUCCUUUCUGCUCCGCUGCUGUCCGAGUGGUGCCGGACACGGGCUUGCCGAGAGACCCAUGACUUUCGCAGUGUGCGGAAGCCGUUGAACUGCAAAUGACCCUCGUUGUUUUCCCUGUGAGAACGGGCGUCAGUGACAGACUUAUAGCCACGGGUGCGUGCAGUGAAACGCAGAGGAUGCUUGUCCCCCACAGCGAGUGUUCAAAUACCACCCCUAGCAACAUGCGCGUUAUUGCACUAUGUUAAAAUGUUUUUGACGUUUCGCGUUUCUUUCCCUUCUUUUCUCUCUGCUCCCAGCGAAGUGACGGGGGUGAGUUUCAGUGUUGAGUGUUCAGUGACAGGGGUGUUGGAAAGAACCCUGAACACCACUUUGUAGCAAUGCAGCCAGGCUAGCACAAACGGGCCACCCAGUCUAAGACUGGGAUUUUCCAGCCAAAAAAAGGCCACGGCACGUGGGUUUACCCCUGGUGUGAUUGGGAAACAAAUGUAUUUUUCCACGUCCGCAUGUUUAGCUGAAGCUGACACUGGUUAGGGUACCCUGGAGAAGACACUGGAGAACUCCCACACAGUGAACUGAAGAAGCCUGCUUUCAUCUGCGCCUUUCCUCACCGUCUUAAUUACUCCAUGUCUGAGUGCUCCAGCUCGGAAACCAGCCAUAAGGCAGGAAUGGGCCGCUCUAAUUCAGAUAUACUCUCCCCAAGGAACGACAGGCUUUACCUCUAAACGCUGUGUUUAGAGAAAGAGUCAGUUUAAUCUUUAGAUCAAGAACUGGGUGUCCAGGAUCAUCUUCUGUUUUCAAAUGCGUCAUUGUGUAUCAAGUACAGCCCAGUUACUGUAACGCAAAACGUUCUCGCCACGUUACUGGAAUGUUUUAAUCAGUGUAAUAACAUUGCCACUGCAUGGCAGCAACAUUGUGAGAAUAUUUUAGGUCAGCUGGGGUUUGAGUGAAAGGGGAGAAAGGAAAGUGCAGGGUGUACAAAAUGGCCGCUCAAAGGUUGCCGUGGCAGCGCGACGGUUGCUUCGUCAGGAUUAAAAAUCUGAAAAGCGAGUUCUGAUCCAUUUAAACUGAACGGAUGGUAGUCGGAGAGAUUCCCAAAGCUGUGAAUGCAGUUACGUAGGCUCAGAUGGUGCCCAGGGCCAAAUUUCACUCGAUCUUCUUGCCGAUGAGGUUUCCUUGAGAUAGCCCUGGUUGUGACACAGAGGUGUAUUAAUAGAAAUGUCCUUGGUCAGUCCGUUCCAGUGUUGGGCGUGUUCAUCUGUUUACAGCUCUUCACAGGAGCAGUCCACGGGCUGAUCUGACCACUGUUGGGAAGAUGCCUCUUUGUAAGGGAAUUAUGCAAAACUAACCUUCAGUGAUGCUCAUAGAUUUGGUGCCUGAAUGCGGUUACAAUAGUCAUGGUGUUCACCUUCAGUCAAAUGUUUUUAUAAAUGUGUACUGGAAUAUUAUUCUGUAAAAUUAUUAUUCCCUGCUUUGUAGUGUCCAUGUUUGGUUUACAAUUAGUUUGACAUUUAGGUUGUUGUUUUUUUUCCCCCCUCUUAUUGAGUCAGUAUUGGUGGUCGUCCCUCGUUUGCUUGGACAAAACUGAAAGUUCACAACCUCCUUCUAUUUAAAUCUACAACGCACUGGCUUAGAAGGCCCUUCUAGAGCAAAAUGGCUUACUUUACGCUCUUUCCACACUCGGUGGUUUGUGCUUUUCCGCGUUACGGAGAUGCGGUGGUAAUGAUGUAGCUAAAGUGGCCAAGGUCCUAUGAUUGACAGCAGCUGGAUGCGGUUGCUGUCUGCCCAUUGGCCAGGUUGUGAUGAGGCUGGAUUCAAGCUCGAGCAUGAUUGGUGCAUUGAAAUUGGGCGGUAGUGUGACACAGAUGGGAGCAAAUGUAAUUUGUCUGGAAUUAAGUGCUCUAAAAAUGGGACUAAAACGGAAAAGGAUUUUCCAUUUGUCUGUCUGGAUGAAAUCCAGACCCGUAACCUGAUGAAAACAAUACUGUAUUUUCCUUUUGAUUUGAAAAUGAUAAUCCUACGAUUUGUAAGUGAUGAAAUUGCAGUAGGAGUCAAAUAUUAAUCCGUGUUCAACAUAGUGGGUGACAAAAUGGAAGUUCCCAAAUCCCCUGUCAGGUGGUACAUUAUUGGAUUGUAAUCCUGAGCAAAGCAAAAAUCCUGCAUUGGGCCUUUUUUCUCUCACCACAAUUGCAGGGAAACGAUAGACUGUGUUUAGCUGUGGAUUUGGGAGGUAUCUGGUAGAACAGUGACUCAGCACCCUGGCCUCCCGCUUCCAUUGUGAAGUACAGUAAUAUGUUUAAACAGACGUAACCUCUGAAUUCUUAGCGGUCGUCUAGGUCAGUGGUUACUCUGCAACAGGAACAAGAUAAAUGGUAAUACUACACGCAACGAAUGAGCCACUCCGCUCAGAGGCUUUCCUCUGCGGUGAAGAACGCUGCCCUGCCCAUUGUCAUCUCUCCUUGGUGCGCUCCCAACCAAAAACGCUGGUUGCUUUCCAGACCCAGGCUAUGAAUCUUUCUGAAGUGCGGAGUAUUGCAACACUGAAAGCGUCGAUUAAGGAAAUAACAUUGCAAUUGAACCUUAAAAGAGCUCUUCAAUCUUUAAUACUGGUGAAUGAGAAUAACCACUGACGGCAUCUGCUGUGUGGGGACGAGGUUUUCUUUCGAUGCUUCGCUGUACUUGCCCAGGGCUAGCCUGCAGUGAUCAACUGCCUAACCGCUAAAAGUAGAAAGACAUGUUCCUGUAGUAUUCCAGCAAGUUACAGCACGUCGUCCUUUCCAAAGAAGCAUGCAUAUAUUUUUGUUUAUUUAUUUGCUUUUAAUAUUUCAAAGCACUUUUACAAAUGUAUAGGGUAAUAUACUUCAAGUACUUUUGAGAUACUGGCUUGAUUCAUAAUCCAGAUUCAAAAGGGAUUUAUAUAAAGUGUUAUUUCCUGUUUUCAUUUUAAUUUGACGGUAAUAAAUGAUGCUUUUCAUUUUUCAUUGUUCUGAAUGUCUGUUCGUAACGAAUUCGGAGACAUGCAAGACUGUCAAAAUAAUAUAUCAAAAAGCUAUUUUAAUUACUAAUGACUAAUUAAUUGUGAUCUUUAAGUGUAUGGUGUACAUACUGUAUAUAUUAUGGCACAAUUUUACUUAUACAAGUGAGCAACAUCAUUGAUGUUGUUUACCAGGCAGUGUAAAGAGAAAUGUAUGUCUGUACUGUAUUAACCAAUAUUUAUGGGCUCUUGUAUGCCAGCAAAAUAAGCUACUAAAGUUAAAGGAAGUUCUUUUAAGAUGGGUUAAUCUCUUCAUGUUCUAUUGCCUCCAUUGGAUUUAUUAAUUUUUUCAAGAGGCUUUUGUUUUCAACUCUGUCCUUUUACAUACUUUUUUUUUGUCAGGGAUUAAUAUAAAUUAUAUAAAACUAAAUUAUAAACAACUAGAUAGUGGUAGUAAUUACAUGCAUCCAUUUAUGCAUAAAUUGAAAACCCAAUAUUUGCUUGGCUGUUUGAAAUUGGAUGACAGUAAUUGUAAUAAUUGCUAACUUUAGAAAUUAUAUACACACACCAAUCUCAAGUUACAGGAUGUGUAAAAAAAGGUUGAAUUUGUUUAUUUUUUUAUGACAUGUUGAACUCUGGCUUGGAUCUGUAUUCUUAAUUUGUAUGUUUAAGAUGGUGUAUGGUAUAGAUGGACAGGUGCUCCAGGAAGUGAACCAUUUCUUUGCCAGCUGUGUUGGCUUGGGUGGGAAACAUUUCUGUUUCCUCACAGUCAUUGUGGUCACCUACACCUGUUUUGGUGAUCCAGGUGAAUGAUCCAGGUGAGUUCAGUGUUAGAGGGAUAUUAGAAUGAUAUGUCUUAUGCCCUCCACCACCCACAGUUGUAAGAUGUGUGAAGUAUUGGUUUCAUUUUUAACCACUUGAAGAGUAGGUUUUUGGAACACUUUUUCAAAAAUUUGAAACGCAGCUCCAUUGCGUUCAACACUUUCUUUGCUUAAAGAUUCUCUGCUUUCAGUUACCAUUGGUGAUUGCCACAUCAGCAUUGGAAUGUCUAGUUAAAAACAUUCUAGUCUCGUAUUCUUACACCUUAGGGGUUAACGAUAUGUGACAAAGUAUGUGCUUCAAAGAUUCCUAAGUGAUGAAUGGGCUCCAAUCAGAUACGUUCUUUUAAAUUUACAUUUUUUCCGUACUUUUAAACAGUAUUUUUGCGUUAAACUUCUCAAAUAUGUUUAGUGCCCCAUAAACAACAUAGUUUGGACACAAGGCAUUGGUAGUUUUCAUGCCAGGGUGAUACCGGCUGUUAUGGGUGUGAUGGUAAAAAAUGAAUGCCACAAACGCACACAACCACAGCGCCCUGCUUUUCCAACAUUGAUUUAUUUCUGUCCUUAAAAAUCUGCCUGUCUGCUUGAUACAGAAUGUACACAAUGAGAGGAAAGGUGUCGAGUUUAUGUUUUAAUGCAUAUCAUUCCAAAAUAAAUACCAGUCCUGUUAUUAAAUAUCAAAUGUCCAUCAUUUUGGAGGGAAUGUCUGCCAUCAAUUCCAGGGACAUGAAUUUGGCUCUCUAGAGAAACUCCUCCCCUUUCAGGACUUUUAUUUUACUCUUAACUGCAUAAUGGACCCUCGAUUUCCUGCAUACUCCUGUCACUGAGGGUCACCUAACCAACUACAAUUCUGCCCCCUGAACUGAACUUUUCUCUACCCUUCUCAUUAGCGAAUAAAUACAUUAUUCUCAAAAGACAAGACUUAUAUGCUCUACCAUCUACUGGACUGUGCAUGAUUUAAUUCUGUCUCAAAUAUUUGCACUUUAGUUUCCAGAGAGUACUAAUGAUUCUAUACUGUAUGUCUCCACGCUUUAGUGUACUAUGUUAAGCUUUAAACAAAAGUGUAAAAGGGAUUCAGGACACAUUUAGUUUACAUUGUUAAUAUAUAGAUCCUUUUCUACCAGACCAAUUACUAAUUAACGUAAUUCAGCUGCAGUAUGUCUUAUGCCCCUAUCUCAAUCAUUGUCAACUGUAAAAUAUACGACGUCUUUUUUUCUAUUUUAAAUUCUUGUGUUUAUGACUAAAUAAAGUAUGUUGGAUACAAUAACGGCAACAAUCAAGGUCGUUUUUGGCAUGAUCAUUAAUUGUGUGCAA